CAUUCGCACCAACACAAGCAGCCAUGAAAUUACUAAUCACUCUCACAUUUGCCUCACUAGCCACAGCAGCGCGUCUGGACACCUAUUUACCACCUAAAAACGGAGCUAGCACUAUAAACACUGGUCUUCAAACGCCCUUAGAAUCUGAUUCAGACUCCGGCCCUUACGUCACUCAGUCCCGAAACUACGGCGGUCACUCCAAGAACUACGCAAGUCAAGGCCUGAACUUUGGUAGUAAGUCCCAGAGCUACGCAAGCCAAGACCGUAGCUUCGAUAGUCAGGCUAAUCAGUCCCAGGACUACGAAAACCAAGCUCAGAUUUUGAGAUAUGAGAAUGAGAUCGAUGACAAAGGAUGGCAUUAUGCUUAUGAAACUAGCGAUGGCACUAAGGUUGAACAAGAUGGCCGCAUUCUGCCUGGUCUCCAACCCGAAGAAGGAUCUCUAGCAGUGACAGGCUCAUACUCCUACAUCGGCGACGAUGGUCAGACCUAUACCGUCACCUAUACCGCUGAUGAGAACGGCUUCCAUCCAAGUGGUGACCAUCUGCCCACCCCACCACCUAUACCUGAGGAGAUCCUUAAGAGCUUGCAGUUGACUGCAGGUGGCAAUGAUGUUUCAGGGCAUUACGACAGCCAGAGAAGCAGCUAUGAUGCCGAUGCGGGCUACUAACUACGAAACCAGCUACGAGGACCCCCAUAAGUCACGAGGAAUCUUAGGAACCAGCCACGAGGUCUUUAUUCCUUACCA